GGCCCCGGCCCCGCUCGUCAGUGCGGCCCGACGCACAGUCCGCGGCCGACCGCGGCGACGGCUCCGGGAUUUCGCUGUGCUCAGUCCCUUUCCCGCCUGCGCAGCGGAGUCCGGACGCUGGCCUUUCGGGCCGUCGCCGAGACAGUUGCGACCGCAGGUUGUAGACGAAAGGAAGCGCGGAAAGAAAUCUGGCGCCCAGAGUGCAGUCUCGAGACUCCGAGUAUUGGAAAUUCUUGGCCUCUACCUCGGACGCCCGUGCAGACUUCUCUGUGAAUUGGGGCAGAGGAAAAGCGGCCUUGGGCUUCCUUUCUCUUCUUUAAGCAGCAGGUUACACACCAGGGCCAGUGACUGACCAAGUCCCUGAAGAAGAAUGGCGGCUGUGGGCAACCUGCUUGGCCUGCUCCAACAGAGUGCUGUGAAGGCAGCUGCCCCUAGGCUCUGCUGCCUGCACACAUCUUCCUGGCUGGCUGACAGCAGCAGGGCUGUGCUCACUCGCCUACAUCGCCAGGCCUAUGCACGCCUCUACCCAGUGCUGCUGGUCAAGCAGGACGGCUCCACCAUCCACAUCCGCUACAGAGAGCCACGGCACAUGCUGACAAUGCCGUUAGACCUGGAUACCCUGUCUCCUGAGGAGCGCCGGACCAGGUUCCGGAAACGAGAGGCUCAGCUCAGACACAAGGAGGAAGAACCAGAGUUUGCUGAUGACUUUGACACAGAGCGUUACAGACAGUUUUGGAUCAAGACUAAGAAGUGACAGUGGCUUGAAACUGCCCGAGGACAGUCUGAGGAUGGAAGGACAUCUUUUUGUAAAUUGCAUGUACCUGAAAUCACCA